UUAUCUUCGAAUUGACAUUUCGAUUUUUCUUUCAAAAUGGCUCCGACCCAGAGUAUUAUUGGAUUUUUAAAUCCAAAAACUUUAAGUGCAGUUUUCACUAGUAAUAUAUCAAAAACGUCUUGCCGGUUUAUUCACAGAUGUAACUGCAACCAUUUGUUAGGAAGCCCCAUGGUUUCGGUUUCGGCAUUGGGACGUAAAAAUUUCAAGAAUAACAUCGAUGGUCCAAGACAUCGAAGUAUUCACACUACGAAUAGCCUAUACGCAAGAGUCGACUAUUAUAAAGUCCUCGGCGUCUCAAAGAACGCCUCUGCCAAAGAUAUUAAGAAAGCCUACUACCAACUUGCUAAGCAGUAUCACCCUGAUGCAAAUAAAUCGGACCCAGAAGCUUCUAGGAAGUUCCAAGAAGUCUCAGAAGCGUAUGAAAUUCUGUCAGAUGAAAACAAGCGUAAACAAUAUGACACAUAUGGGACAACCUCUGACAACAUGGGUAUGGGAGGCCCAGGAGGUACAGAGGGCUUCACACACCAAUGGCAGUACAAGUCCACCAUAGACCCUGAGGAGCUGUUCCGAAAGAUAUUUGGUGAUGCAGGGUUCAAGAGUGAGGCAUUCAGUGACUUUGCAGAAAGCCAGUUUGGCUUUGGCGCUUCUCAGGAAGUCAUCGUAAAUCUGCGAUUCACGGAGGCUGCCCGCGGCGUGAACAAAGACAUCAACAUAAACAUAAUAGACACCUGCCCUAAAUGUAUGGGCACAAGAUGCGAGCCGGGCACUAAGUCGAUCAAAUGCACCUAUUGCAAUGGCACUGGCAUGGAGACAUUCUCCCGAGGUCCAUUUGUGAUGCGCUCCACAUGUAGACAUUGCCACGGCACUAGGAUGCUAAUUAAGUUCCCUUGUGUUGAGUGUGAAGGAAAAGGACAGUCAGUACAACGCAAAAAAAUCACAGUGCCAGUGCCAGCGGGUGUGGAAGACGGUCAGACAGUGCGCAUGUCAGUUGGUAACUCGGAGAUCUUCGUCACCUUCAAAGUGGAGAGUUCUAGCUACUUCAAGCGGGAUGGACCAGAUGUUCACACUGAUUGUACUAUCUCCGUAUCUCAAGCACUUCUAGGCGGCACUGUGAGAAUACAAGGGCUGUAUGAAGACCAUACAUUACAGAUCGUCCCGGGCACGUCGUCUCACAGCACGAUCCGCUUGUCGCGGAAGGGCAUGAAGCGUGUGAGCCAGCACGGCUACGGCGAUCAUUAUGUCCAUAUCAAGAUACAGGUACCAAAGUCGCUGACCGAGAAGCAGAAAGCCCUCGUCUACGCGUACGCGGAGCUGGAGGAGGACACACCCGGACAAAUACAAGGUGUCUCCUACGACAGAGACGCAACAACCAAAAAAAGCGAAAGUCCGAAAGACUCCCAAACAAUUCACGAAGCCAAUCGCGAAUCUAACACCCGAGAGAAACCAGUGUGGACUUUCCUAGAUAGCAUGAUUGACACUUUCGAGAAAAAUAGAACCACUUUCCUCGUAGGCUUCUUUUCUUCCAUAAUAGCCUUUAUUAUGUUUGCCUCAAGCGAUGUGAAAGAUACUGUAGGGUUGCAAAAGUAUAUUGAUGAAAGUGAACGGUCUGAAAAAGAGUUACAAUAUCGGGAUGUACCUCUGGGAUAUAGAGAUACGGUACGCAAACAAAAAGAGCAGGACCCUGAGUUAUAUGAGGCAUAAAUAUUUAAUAAUAUUCGUAUAGUUUUUAGUGAGAUUAGUCACACAUCUGAUGUAUGAAAUUGCGAUCGUCACAAUCAACAGUUGCUUUAGAAAAAAGUAUUUUAAGCUGUAUGAUCUAGCAUGAACUUUAACAGCGACGAUUUAAUAAAUAAUCACAUUAUUAUUUAUAACUGACUGACGAUAAUAUUAUAGCCAGGUAAUUACAAGUUUGGUGAAAGAGGGGCGGUUGUUAUAUCUAUACUAAUAUGAUAAAGAGGUAAAGUUUGUGAGUUUGUUUGUAGAAAGUAAUCUCUGAAACUACUGAAGCGAUUUUGAACAUUCUUUCACCAAUAGAAAGCGGCAUUCUUCCUGAGUGACAUAGGCUAUAUUUUAUUUUAAGCACCCGUGCGAAGCUAGUAUGAAGUAAGAUUAAGACUGAGGUCUAUUAGACUAUACUCUGGCUUUGUCCUGACUGAAGAUACAGCUAAAAGGAGACAGAUAUAUUAGACAUUAUAUAGACACUAAGGAUGAGAUCUGUGAAUUUCGGUUAAAACGAGACAGAUUUAUGUCAGCGAUACAACGCUAUCUCGUUUUAAACAGUGUCUAAGUCUGUCUCAGCCAGGACAAGGUGACUCUUUGACCAGUCAAUUUAAUUGUUGACUUGUUUAUAACCAAAUAAGCUGAAUUUGUGGUAGUCAGCCAAUAGAAAGAAUUGCAAUAAUCGCAUUGAUUUUGAAAAUAUUUAGGAUAAUAAUGGUGUCUGUUCGAUUGUGUAUAUCUCUCUAAACAAAAGCUUUACAGGUCUUAUAGUAAUGCUAUCCUUUGAAUGAAGCUAUAGAAUGUUCCCCGCUGAAGAGGAUAGCACUAUUUAAGGAUCUGUCAAUUUAGAGAGUUGUGUACUAGCGAAUACGCACAAACAUUUGUAAAUAAAUAAAGGCAUUUAAUGCUUACUGUAGUUAUGUUAUUAAAAUAUGAACGCUUGUUAGUUAAUCCGUAAGGAUAUAGUAUGAUGGUUGUUGUUCUAUGUAAUAUAUUUAUGAAAUUGUAAAGGUGUAAAUAAUUUUCAGUAAUAUAUGAAAAUUUUGACAAUUUAA